CAAAAAAACACACCCGCCCACAGGAAAUCCCCUCCGCUCCAGCUGACGGAGGAAGCGCCUCCCGCAGUUAAAGCAGAGACGGAUCGCAGAAAGAGACACCCGUCAGCGGAGAAGCUGUUCACUCUCCACCAAGAUGCGUCCACUGCGGCUGAGGAUGACCAUUACCAUGAUGGUGAUGAUGAUGAUGAUGAUGUGGGCUUUUACGUCGCUGGCCGCCGCUCAGUGUGACCCCCAGACUCAGUACGCGCGCGGUGGCGAGUGCUGCAAAAUGUGUGGUCCAGGAACCAGCAUGUCGUCCCUCGGCACUUGUCUGGAACCUCAGUGCCAAGAAUGCAGGGAGAAUGAAUAUCAGGAUAAAUACACCAGAGAAUCCAAGUGUCAGCUUCAGCCAUACUGUGACCGAAAUACAAACUUCCAGGCUGCCGACCACGACACCAAGAAAAGAACCACAUGCAUAUGUAAAGUGGGAUUUCACUGCUCCGGUGAGGAAUGUAUGAUCUGUGUGCCGCACAGUACCUGUGGACCAGGACACGGGGUUCACUCCAAAGGCAAUCAUACGCAUGACACGGUGUGUCAGAAUUGCCCCGAUGGCACAUAUUCUGAUGAGGACUCACUGGACGGCAUCUGUAAGAAAUGGACAGAGUGCGAGAAAGGACAGCACAUCCAACAUAUUGGAACGGACGUAUCCGACGCCAUCUGCGAAACCUCUCGGACACACCUAACUGUGAUCUUGGCUGUGCUUUUUGCAGUUUUUGUUGUAUUUACAGCUGGAUUCAUGUUUUGGCGAUGCAAAGAUAAACAAGACAAUGCAAAAGGAAAGGGCUGUGUUGAAUCCUGUCUGGGAGAAACCCACGAGCCUCUGAAGGAAGCUACAGGACUCAUAACAACCCCCACUGAACCUGUGGAUGAAGAGUACUGCACCUCAGGCAGCAUGCCUGAGUCCUCGCAAGACGAGGGUUUUCAGAGGACACCGGAGGAAAACGAGGAUGAGCCGAGCCAGGAGAUGUCGCAUGACGUGCUUCUAACUGAAAAUGGAAAAAUUGUGACACAGGAGAACGGGAAAGCAGAAGUCCUCUCCCGACAGGAAUCACAAACACAGACAAUUACAGGCUGAAAGACGGACGUUGCUUGUUGAUAGUGUGUAAUUAUGAAUGUAACCUGUUGCGUAUUGUUGCCUCACAUGUCACUUGUACAUAAUUCUCCACCUAAAGACGUAUGUAGUUUACUUAAGUGUUGACAACACAUGUAAAGCUCGAUUGUAACAAUAUUAGAAAAUGGUAACCCUCUGACAGUUGGUAGCAUUUCUAAGGUUGCAGUCUCACAUUUCACAGUGUGUGUAUAUAUUGUAUUUUGAUGUAGUCAUCAACUUUUAUUUGAAUUCUUUGCAAAAUACUUCCGUGCAUAUUUGCACCAGAUACAAAGGUACGACAAUAAUUGUGCAUGGAAUUAGCAUGUCAUUAACAAGCUUUUUAUUUUUCAUUAAAAUGUGUGCCACUUUAAAUUUACACCAGAGGAGUGUUUGUUUUUCCCGCUGUUGGUCAGUCAGUGUGUCUGUUUAACUCAGAGCCUUAAAAGACACAAGACUAGUGUUGUGACGUUCACGAACGAACUGGUUCUUUUGAACAGCUUAACAUGAACGAUGGGAACUGAGUCGCAGCUGGGAACCGUUCUUUUUUUCCCCCCAGUUACAUGGGGAGGAGCUGCUUAUUAGAUAUGCAAAUAGCAUCACGCCACUUUGUGCACGCUGCCUUCACGCGAGUGUGCCAGUAACAAAAAAAAAAAAAGAAAAACACAGAAACAUGUGAAUGCCUCCUCCCUUGGAGAGCCACACCAGCAAGUGGUCUAAAUGAGGAGGAGGAGAGUCAGUCCGACGUCGUCGACAAAAUGAGCCAAUUAAGGAAACGAAGCAGCAUUUGGAUGCACUUUUCUCUAGUGGCAAACAGGAGGGCUAAAUGCAGUAUUUAUCAAAAAAAAAAAAAAAAAUCUUUUCAGUCAGGCUCCACAAAUAAUUUGCACAGACACCUGAAAACUCAACAUCCAACAGUAAAA